AGCCGCAGACCACCGGACAGACCCCCAUGGUGUCCCCCCGGGCAGAGACCACCCCCAUCCCUGUGCCCACCCAGGUGCGGAACUACCAGCGCAUCAAGCAGAACCUCUCCAACAGCCCCACCACCACGCUCUACAGCUCCCCCAGGUAAGAGAUUGGGGAAGGUUUGGGAGGUGCCACUGUCCUGGGGGGUAACUCUGUGUUGUUGUUUUUAUCGCACUACUAUGCUUUAUCUUGGCCAGGUCGCAGUUGUAAAUGAGAACUUGUUCUCAACUGGCUUACCUGGUUAAAUAAAGGUGAAAUAAAAAAUAAAAAUUCCCUGAAGUACAACUGUCAUAGUUAAGAAGAUGUUUGUUUUGUGGCUGCAUACAGUCAUGUUCAGAGACUAGUCUAUCUUGUUUUUUGAUCUCUGAUGACUAACCUUUGGGUUUGGAAAAUUCACCUUCAACUCUGUCAGUUAUUGCAUCAGGCAAUUAAGUUUCACUAAGUUUCAUCAGUUCAGUCAGUGGAUAUUGCUUGUGUUGUAUUGUGGUGUGGUGGGGGGGGAAGUGUUUCAAGACAUAGAAAGGGAGCGAAUAGGAGGAGGUUUCGAAUCUCCUUUAGAGGCAAAUUAGUUGUAUUGUUGUGCUUCUAUUGACUGUUGUGAGAGGAGAUAAGAACAUUGCCACAUGGAUUAGUAUAAAGUUCCUGUGGUGUUUUUUCAAUGAGACUUACCCCCACACCAGUGGGCCGCCAGGGUUUUAUGUUAAUGUGUGCUCUAAUGUUAUUGUGUUUCCAUCAGUAGUGUGGCACUAAAGACUACCUACACAACCUCUGCAUCAUCAAGACUGUUGCUUUGCGAGAAGGUGUUAACGUUCAAAGUUAGCCAGUGUUAUGUAAAUGCAGGCUGAAAAGUACCUAGGGUCUUGCCUUGGCUCCAAGUUAGAGCAGGUCUGCCGGAGCCAUGUCCCAGUGAGACAUGGGUGCCGGCCUGCAUAGAUGGAAACAAAAAAGUCUGAGCCUUUUGUGUAAGACAUUGGGGUAAAUCUUCAAUGGAAAUGUGGCACUGGAGUAGCCUAGCUCCACAGUGAACCCUUAACCCUCCACCCUCUACUUACUUACCCUCACCACAGGGCCCCAAAGCCUGGGCAGCAGGUACUGAGUAGCCAGCCUCCCCCAACUGCUACCCCAUUUCCCUUGGCCCUGGGUCUGACUCUGUGUCCUCCAAGGAGGAUUAAGCUCUCUGUCACAGACAGACUACCCUGUCCCUUGACCGUGUCUGAGCUAGUUAACAAGUUAGCGCUUAGCGCCGGUUCUUUAUGAUCAAGAAGAGAUGAAUGCAGAGAGCUAGCACAGCAGGCUAGCAGACCGACAGUGUGCAGGCAUCUCAGGGGAAGACUGGCUUCUAUAUGUGCCCGCCUGCUGCCUAGUCUUUCUCUGUCAGCCAUUUUUCAUUUUUACUCCAUGAAGCUCAAGAGAGGAAGUGAGGCAGAAAGAGAGAGAGAGUGGAAGAGUACUCGCUAUCAGCACAACAGUUGCUCAACCAAUGUUUUUCGCGAGGAUAGGCUAACAGCUGUGUUUGAAGUCCUGUGCUUGCAGCGUGACAGGGUUGUCUUGGCAGCAAACUGACGGUCGCUGAAUAACUCAGGAAGUUGAAAUUAGAACCAAGCGAAAAAGGCAACAGUUAGACACUGAGCUGAGGGAAUGGAAUCUAGCUAAGCUCAUUGCCAAAAGUUUUAUUAAAAGUUAGUUAAUGUUUUCAGAUGUUUCGGAAAGGUUAUUCAAGUGUUAUUCCAUGAUAAACAUGAAGGAUAGUGGUUGGAAACUAGAGCAUCGCUGUAAGCUGCAAUAAAAAGGGUGUUCAUGAACUGUUAGACAAGUGAUGAAGGUUGGUGGUGUUGGUUCUGGUGGACAAACAAUGAAUGUGUGUAACAUUUUUGUUAUGUAUGUACUGUAUAUUUGUGAUAUCUAAACCUCUAUUGUGUGUGCUUGUUGUCUAUGCAGGUCUGGUACAGUGAGGCGGUCCAACACCAGUCCCAUGGGUUUCCCUAAGGUUGGCUCUGGGUCCCCCAGCUCUGCAGACUGCAGCCCUCAGAUGACAGGCAGACGUCUCUCUAUAGGCAGCUCCCGCCCAUACUCCCCCUCACCUCUGGGUAAGAACAUGCCCCAACAUGCCCCCAUCUCAUAUCAUUCAACACGCCUGGCAUCAUAAUUAUUUUACAUUGAACCUUCUGUUGACAUAUAAUGCAAAACUGCAUUAAUAUGUCUGUGUGUUUCUCUUUAAGUGGGCACCAUCCCAGAGCAGCUGGGUCACUGUUGCUGUGGACACCCUCAGGGCCACGAGUCCCGCAGCCGCAGCUCCUCAGGAGGUGAGUUCAGUAGACAGACCUACAGACAGAUGGAACAAGACUGGGUUUCCCAAAAGCAUUGUAGCACUUAGAUCAUCAUAAUUCCAUUGAAACUAAAUGGACGAAAGAUGAUCUUAGUGAUACGAUGCUUUUGGGAAUCCCAGCCCAGGAUCACUUUUUAAAGACACAGACAAAGGCAGCUACAGCAGUGUUUACAUUUUCUUCCCUCUCUCCCCUGCUCCCCUGAGGCGGAUGUUUAUGAUUGACAAAAGCCAUGAGUCAUGAGUCAGGUCCCUCUGGGAGGGAGGUUGUGUGUAUGGGAGUUGAAGCGUUUCACUCACCCGUACAUGCAAUUUUCACAAUUGUGUCACUGUUUGAGUCAAGAGGCCAGUAUCCAUGGCAAGCACAGUGUCAUAGGAGGGACUUACCUUGAGCAAAACAAUGCAGAUACAGUUAGUAUUUUGUCUCCAUUUGAAAACCUGGAGAUUAACAACACAGACUUGAUGACCUACUAAAGAAGUUUCCGGGGUCUUUUUGAACUUCUCAGCAGCAAUACCGUGAAUGAACAAGACUCAUUAAAAACAUGAACCUAGUGGCCCUUCACUGCUUCUAUUUUUGACUUGGUUUACUGUGGAAAAAUACACAUUUCAAGACUGUAGAGCCAUCUAGUGGUGAAUUGUAAAUCUUCUCUCGAUCAGUAGCAGCCAACUUUUACAUUAAGUGAUAAAUAAAUGACAUGUAUGAAUGACUCUCUGUGUGUCUCUUUUAGGUUCUCCAGUGCCGUCGUCCCAGUUACUGGGGGCUCGCCUGCAGAGUGCCCCCACCCUGACCGAGGUCUACCAGACCAGACAGAAGCUCCACAAGCAGCUGUCAGACCCCAUCCAGCCCUCCACCUCCAACUACCCCCCCCAGCCACUCCCCCCACCUGGGUCGCCCUGGCAACCUGGGCACCUCCCCCACCAAACACCUGGGCUCCUCCCCCCGCUCCUCUGAUUGGCUGACGAAGUCGCCGCUGCCCACCAUCAUUGGCUCCCCCACCAAGGUCGGUUAAAUUGAUAACCAUUUUGGCAUAUUUUAAUCAUAAGCCCAAUUCUGUUUUGCUACGGUUUGUCCUAAUUACCACAACCAGUAACUGUUGACCUCUAUGUCCCUGUUCAGCCCAUCUCGGCCCCAUUCAAGAUACCUAAGACGCAGGCGUCCUGUAACCUGAUGGCCCUGGCAGACAGUCCCACACCCACUAAGACCCUGGCGGACGCACGGGACAUCUGUGCCCACCACUGUACCCCAUACCCCAGUGGCCGCCAGUCUGCCCCAGAGGCCAGCAGGACCACCUUUGGCAGGUAAAGGGUGCACUGUAGUCUUUCGCUCUCUCCUCAUUCUCUCUUUGUGUGGGUAAUGUUUCUCUUGCUCAUCUCAAUGUGUUCUCAAUGUGUUUCUCUCCCCAGGUCUGUCAGUACUGGCCGUCUGUCUGAACAGCCAAUCAGAAUCACUCUAGGGGGACAGCCCUACCAGGGAAGCACAGACAGCCUCAACACAGAGCGGCCCAUGGAUACAGGUAAAUAAACACACACACCUAGUUUUGUCCUCCCUGGUUUAAUUAAUGGUACAGAUGUUUUUACCGUUAAUUAGAAAAGAACUGGAGACAGAAAAUGAGUUGUGAAAUAAGUGAACGUAGUAAGAAAUAACCUAGCUAGUAAACUGACCUGGACAAAGAACAACACAAUUACAAACACGCACCAGUCUCUGCUUCAUGGCUUCUCGCCCUGCAUGAACUGCUUGGAUUGGCUGCUCUGACAGGACCUUCCUGUGUAACAGAGAGCUUGAUUGGCUUAGUGUGAAUGACCGCCCCCUCCCUCACCCCUAGCCCCGGCAGGACCAUUUGGGCUGGCUCAGCCUCAGGGUGGGGCGGCGAGUCCCCGGACCGUUCUCUUCACCGUGGGCUCGCCCCCCAACAGCAGCACCCCCCCUACCUGCAGCCACCUGGGCACCCGGCCGCGCACCACCUCAGGUGAGACCGCUCACUGCGUCAGCGGCUAACUGUUAGGCUAACCUGCUAGGCUAACCGCUUGCUAAACCCCUCUUCCCAAAGCUACACCCUCCUAGCUAACCUGCUAACGCUAAUUACUACGACUCUGUGGUAGUCCUUCCAAUGCCAUGAGGUACAUAACUGCUAUUUAGUGGGCAAUCUCUUGCCCUCUCCUUGUGCUGUUCAUCUUAGUAGGUACUAUCAAUAAUAGUCUGUGUCUCAAUGGACUGAACUUUGUUCUGGAAAAUCCCCCAAAAAUCGGUUAUUGUAAAUUCUCUAGAAUUCAAAUUCAACCAAUGAAAGGAGCAAUCAAAUUAUGCCAAAGUGAUAGGCCUACAUAAUGACACACAUUAACAAUAAGUGAGGGAGGUAGCGACGAGAGAUGAAGGAGAGCAGAGCGAGGAGAGAGAGAGAGAGCGAGAGAGAGAGAGAGAGAGAGAGAGAGCGAGAGAGAGCGCGAGAGAGCGAGAGAGAGAGAGAGAGCUCGAGCGAGAGCUCGAUUCAGCCAGAUCUGAGACCAGCCAUAGAGCAAAAGUGCCGCUAAUCGUACAACCGCUCUCUCAGCGCUCUACUAGCUCUCCUCCAUAUCUCUCUCUUCUCUCUGCUCUCGCUCUCUCUCUCUCUCUCUAUCUUCCAUCUCUCUCUCUCUCAUCUCUCUUCUCUCUCUCUCUCUCUUCUCUCAGUGGGCUCCAACGGUCGGCAGGCUCCUGUCUCACCACCAGUGGGCGGCGUUGUCCGUGGGCUCUCCUCCGGGCAUGGCAAUCGGGACCCCUCCCCCAGGGGGUGCAGAGGCAGGUCCCAGCAGCCUACGCUACGUCCCCUACGGUACCUCUCCCCCCAGCCUGGACGGAUUCAUCACCUUCGAGGCCCCAGAGCUGCCUGAGGAGACACUCAUGGAGGUGAGGGGACCCUUGGUUUUUUGUGUGUGUGGCAUUUCUAUUUGCACACGUCUUUAUGUGAUAUCUGACCUGUAUCGUGUGUUUGUGACUACAGCGAGAGCACACAGACACUCUGAUGCACCUGCGGAUGAUGCUGUCCUUCACUGACUGUGUGCUGGAGAUCGCAGCGGUGCGAGCAGGAGGGACAGACCUGGGCGUAUCGGCUGCCUCCCUCUACCCCCCUCAGGAGAGUGUGGUAGUGGACCAGAUCAGCCAGCUCAGCAAGGAGUGGGGGUAAGGGAGAGACCAAAAAUGGGGGAUGGGGUUCACAGUUUAACUGAAAGUAUUCUAGUUUUAGUUCGGACUGUUGUGAAAGACAAUUCUGACGUUUUUAAGAAAGAAAAGCCAUGGAAGCCAUAUAGGUUAGUAAUGUGUGCUGUGCUGUGCUGUGGUGUCCUCUACAGGCAGGUAGAGCAGCUGGUGCUGUACAUGAAGGCUGCCCAGCUCCUGGCCUCCUCGCUCCACCUGGCCAAGGCCCAGAUCAAAUCUGCCAAGCUCAAUCCCUCCAGCGCCGUCAAGCAGGGUAAGACAAAAGUCCCCAGACCGGCACAGUGGCAAAACACUAUAGUAUUUGUGGAAGAAAAUGUUUUAUCUGCAUACUAACUUAAAACACUUUAAAUAUCAAUACUAUCCAUAAACAUAAUUAUCAUUAUUUUAGUUUAUUUUGAGCAUAACUAACUUUCUCUCCCCCUCCCUCCCCUUCCUCAGUGGUGAAGAGUCUGAACGAGCGUUACAAGAAUUGCAUCUCGCUGUGUCGGCGGCUCACAGACAAGCUGAACCACUUCUUCUCAGACAAGCAGCGCUUCGUAGACGAGAUCAACAGCGUGACCGCAGAGAAACUCAUCUACAACCACGCUGUGGAAACGGUGCAGUCUGCAGCUCUGGAUGAGAUGUUUCAGCAGACGGAGGACAUAGCCUACCGCUACAACAAGGCUGCCAUGCUGCUAGAUGGCCUGUCCAACAUCCUCCAGGACCCUGCAGACAUCGAAAAUGUGGCCAAGUGUAAGUAUCCACCCGCUGUCCUCAACUGUAGACUGGAUACCAGUCUGUUUCUGCUACACCACUGUUAUGUCAUGUAUGGCCAAAGCACAAAUCCAUCUGACAACCAGACUAGACCCCCCCAACAGGCUCUGUCAGAGACCAGACCAGCUCGUCACAUUGUAGUGUAUCAGAGACUCUGGUGUAGUGGACAUGGAUAUUAAUAUGGAAAGUCAAGUAUGUUAACUAGUUUCUCUUGAGAAAAAUCCCUUUUAACCUCUUAUCUUUAACCAGCACUCACAGGCUUACUUCAACCACUUAGUCCAGCUCUGAGAUGCUUUCAGAUGAGGCUUCAAUCAGAUGAGGUUAAGAGUGCACUAUGCUUCUCUGAAAGAGUGUGUCAUGGCAGCCAGGGCAUUGUGACAUAGAACAGCAGCUCCAGUCACUGUGAUCUGACUGUGUGUUUGUCUCCUCAACAGACAAGGCCAGUGUGGACCGGAGAAUCUCUGCCCUCUGCUACUGCACUGUCACACUGUACGAG